CGAGCCAACAACGGAAAGAGGGGGGUGGGUGGGAGAGAGAGAAGAAGAACGAGGAAGAAGAGGAGAGCGAGAUCGAGCAAUGGCGGUGCCCCAGGCGAUCGACACGCUUUCGAGGAGGGCGAGCUUGCUGAGGGAAUCGCUGCAGAAGAGCCAGAGCAACACGGAGAGCAUGGUGACCAUCCUCGGUUCCUUCGACCACCGCCUCUCUGCACUCGAGGCCGCCAUGCGCCCCACCCAGGUUAAGACGCACGCCAUUAGAAUGGCUCAUGAGAACAUCGACAAGACGUUGAAGACGACUGAGGUCAUCCUGACACAGUUUGAUCUCUCACGCCAGGCUGAGGCUACAAUAUUACGGGGACCACAUGAGGAUCUAGAAGGGUACCUAGAAGCAGUUGAUAUGUUGAAAAGUACCGUCCAGCAUUUUAGCUCAAAUAAAAGCUUCAAGGGCUGUGAUGGAGUGAUGAACCACAUAAACAGCUUGCUAGCAAAGGCCAUCCUGAAGCUGGAGGAGGAAUUCAGACAACUCUUAGCAACCUACAGUAAACCAAUUGAGCCCGACCGCUUAUUUGACUGUCUUCCUAAAUCCUUGCAACCACACUCAGAGACGUCUGGGCACCAAGCUGAUGGUGGUAAGCCUGAGCAUCAAGCCAGAAGCUUGGAGGCUGCUGUAUACAAGACACCAACUCUGAUUCCUCCAAGGGUUCUUCCCUUGUUGCAUGACUUAGCAAAUCAAUUGGUUCAAGCUGGACACCAGCAACAGUGUUCAAAGAUUUACAGGGAUGCCCGUGCUUCAACUUUAGAAUCAAGCCUCCGAAAAUUGGGAGUUGAGAAGCUCAAUAAAGACGAUGUGCAGAAAAUGCAGUGGGAGGCCUUAGAGACCAAGAUUCAGAAUUGGAUUCACUAUAUGCGGAUUGCAGUUAAACUACUAUUUGCUGGUGAACGAAAAAUUUGUGAUCAAGUCUUUGAUGGCACUACUCUUAAUAAAGAUCAAUGUUUUGCUGAAGUAACCACAAGUAGUGUGGCAGUGCUACUUAGUUUUGGAGAUGCUGUAGCCAAAAGUAAGCGAUCGCCAGAGAAGCUAUUUGUGCUUCUAGACAUGUAUGAAGUAUUGCAUGAACUUCAUGUAGAGAUUGAGACAAUUUUUGAAGGAAAAGCUUGUUCUGAGAUGAGAGAGUCCACAUUGAGCUUGGCAAAGCGCUUAGCCCAGACAGCUGAAGAAACCUUUGGGGACUUUGAAGAGGCAGUUGAAAAGGAUGCCACAAAGACAACUGUUCUUGAUGGAACUGUCCACCCUCUUACUAGCUAUGUGAUUAACUACGUGAAAUUUUUGUUUGACUAUCAGUCAACAUUGAAGCAACUCUUUCAGGAAUGUGUAACUGGAGAUAAAACAGAGUCUCAGUUGGCAAUUGUAACAAUGCGGAUUAUGCAAGCUCUACAGAGUAAUCUUGAUAACAAAUCCAAGCAGUACAAAGAUCCUGCUCUAACUUACCUAUUUCUUAUGAACAACAUACACUAUAUGGUGAGAUCUCUAAGCAGGUCAGAAGCAAAGGAUAUAUUGGGUGAUGACUGGGUACAAAGACACCGAAGGAUUGUGCAGCAAAAUGCAAACCAGUACAAAAGGGUUGCUUGGGCAAAGAUUUUGCAGACACUAUCUAUCCAAGGUUUGACUCCAUCAGGUAGUAGUUCGGCCUUGGGAAGUGAAGGAGCCAACAACAGUGGAGUUUCCAGAGCAUCAAUAAAAGAGAGGUUCAAGUCCUUUAACGUACAGUUUGAGGAGCUUCAUCAAAGACAGUCUCAAUGGACAGUACCUGAUCAGGAGCUGCGCGAGUAUCUGAGACUUGCAAUUGCUGAAGUUUUAUUACCAGCUUAUAGAUCAUACAUCAAACGUUUUGGGCCGUUGGUUGAGAAUGGUAAGAACCCACUGAAGUACAUUAGAUACACUCCAGAAGAUCUCGAGCGAAUGCUAAGUGAGUUCUUCGAGGGCAAGUCAAUGGGUGAACCAAAGCGAUGAGAUCUGACAGAACUGGCGGCAAAUUAAUUUUAAGCAGUUUUUACAUCCCUCAGGUCAUAGCUGAUAAUUCUUAGCUAUUAUUUUGUCAAGAACUUCGAUAAAUCUACAGAUGUUUCUGUUGCAUUUCUUGUCAUCAAGUC